AGCAGUGACGUCUUGGCAGCUGAUUGUCAUGCAAAGUAUUGCGUUAUCAAUAUGUAAUUAGUGGCCAAAUUAAGGGCUUUGUGCAGGGUUAAUUAAAAUGUCGGACAUGUUCUCCACGUUGGCCGAAGUGCUCCGUCCCGUUGGCCGUGAUAUUUCCAAAGGGAGAGGCAAGCUGUGCCUUAGUUCGACGAAUUUGGCCUACUUGAACAAGGCAUUCGAUGAGAACUGGUCGGAAAACCUCUCCACUUCUUUCCACCAAACUGAGGCCAAAGCAGCACUGAUGGUCGACCUGCAGUUCUUGCUGGACCUCGUUAAGAGCACAGUUGCCUUAAAGGUAGUCCCUGAUGCUAGUCCGGAUCCCCUGGCCAGCCCCAUCGUAAACCUGCAGCGGUUCCAAAGCCUCAAGUCGCUGGAGAUUCAGAAACUCGACCUAAGGAACAUCGUGGGCAUUCAACAGCUGCGCGCCAGACUGGAGGACUUGACUAGCAUGCACAACUUGGAGCAUAUAGCGGACAUUCUGGACAAGUGCGGCGGCGACUGCAGCCAAGUGGAUAGAUUCAACUGGAGCGAGCUGAAGAGGCUGAACUUAUCGCACAAUCGCAUCCGGGAUGUCGAGCCGAUUUUCGAUGCGACGCCGUGGCUGCAAGUCCUCGAUCUCAGCAGCAAUGAAAUCGGAAAAUUGGACCCCAUUGAGCAUCUGCCCAACUUGAAGAUGCUCAAUUUGUCCUUUAACAAACUGGAGGCGGCGCCUCGAUUCAAAGGCCCAGUCACUCGAAGGCUACAGACUCUGAAGUUGAACAACAAUUUCCUAGAGGACAUCAGUGGCCUUUCCACUCUCUCCAACCUCCAGCAGCUGGACCUGGCUCAGAACUGCCUGAUAGAUCACAACGUGCUGCUCUCCAUCGCCCAAAUCGGCUCCUUGUAUUGUCUGGACUUGAGGGGCAACCCGAUCAGCUUCCACCGGCAGCACCGCACCCUCACCUGCAACUACUUGAACAAGAACGUGGCCUCCUUGAAUGUGGUGCUGAACAAUGAGCAGCUCAGCAAGUCUGAAAAGUCGCUUACCGGGUCGCUGCGUCCAGUCGCACAGUCCUCUUUGGAGCUUAGCUCUUCGGAACGCGCCAGGAAGGCCAAACCACGACGAGUCCGGAACGUGGUUAUUCAAGAAGGUUUUGGGGCUGAGGCCCACGAAAGACGAGUUGAGGCCGUGAGCGCUUCGCCUCGAAGCUUGCAUUUCGACCGCAAUCAUCUGGAUGUGAAAAAAAAGAUUGAGCAAAUGAGUCAAAGUGAUCGGAAGGGGUGGCUGUGGCACCAGUCUGGAAUGGACUAUGUGAACUUUCUGAACUUCCCCCAGCCUGCUCAGGAGAACUCAGGAGCUGGUUCCUGCCCGUCUGAAGAGAUUCGGGACGCAGCAGAUGUUGAGGACGAGCAGAGCAGCGACUCGGAGGUGGUAAACGGCAUUUUUUUUGGCAGCGACAGUGGCGAUCCAGAACUCUCAGACGAUGAUGAUUUGCUCAGCGGCGAGCCAUUUCUAGCCAAAAUCGUGCCGGGCAUGUUGGAUAUUGGGGUGCUGAUCACCAAGCGACAUAUGUUGGAAAGGAACGCCGUCACUUCAGAAGUAAAGUCCAGAUGGUUUCUGGGCAGCGUGCGGUCCUGCCAACGCGGCGAAGAACCCAAUCAGGUGCUGAUCCAGUUCGACUCCCCGCUGAAGGAGAAAAUGUCUCGAAACUACAUCAUCGAUGAUCCCGAGCGGUUCGUUAAGCUGCUGCUGGACGGCAGGCAGGAGAAUAUGCGGCCAGAGGAGCGCAUUCAGUACCAGUGUAUGAAAUGUAGCAGUUUGUUUAGCAGGACUAAGGAGAUCAGCCUCCAUGUGGAGGUGAAAGUAACGUGCCCCAAGUGCGAAAGUAACCUAGUCGUGGUGGCCAAGUAACGAAACCUCAGUUCUGUUUGUAAUUUUUUGUUGCCUAUAAAGUCGAUAUUUUUUA